AUGAAUUGCUCUAGAACUAAAAAUUAUACUACUACUACUACUACUACUACUACUACUACUACUACUACUACUACUACUACUACUACUACUACUACUACUACUACUACUACUACUACUACUACUACUACUACUACUACUACUACUACUACUACUACUACUACUACUACUACUACUACUACUACUACUACUACUACUACUACUACUACUACUACUACUACUACUACUACUACUACUACUACUACUACUACUACUACUACUACUACUACUACUACUACUACUACUACUACUACUACUACUACUACUACUACUACCAGAAUGUUUAAUGAAUGUAGUUUGUAA